GAGUGCAGCUGUUGCCUUCAUGGAAAGGUAGAACACGGCUCAGGGAUCCCUGUUCUCGGUGCUGCUUGCAAGUGUGGAGGGGUUGGAAGUUGGUUACACAUUAAUGACAGCUUUGGCAGGUCUGUGGUCAGCUGAUAGAGCCAGUGGAGCGCAAUGUCUGGAACUGAUGAUUUUUCGUUGGCAGAUGCUUUACCCGACCAGUCGCCCGCUAAAACCUCCAAAGUGAGCAGCUCCAAGCCUGGCCAGCAGCCCGGGCAGCCUCCGCAGGGCUGGCCGGCUUCCAACCCUUGGAAUAACCCCAGCGCCCCCCCUAUGACACCGACGGGACUGCCGCCCAACACGUCCGCUUCCAGUGUGCCCUUCGGACCUCCUCCCACGGGAAUGUAUCCUUCAAUGCCCCCGGGACCGCCUGCUCCAUUUCCUCCUCCUCCUACCGGACCCUCCUGCCCUCCUCCUGGUGGUCCGUAUCCACCCCCAACUGUGCCAGGGCCCGUCCCGCCGGGGCAGUAUCCGCCACCAAACAUGCCCUUUCCAGAGCUUCCAAGACCUUACGGAGGUCCAACGGAGCCAGCGGCGCCUCCUGCUCCCGUUGGGCCAUGGGGAUCCAUGCCCUCCGGAGCAUGGGGACCAACAAUGGGAGGGCAGUAUCCUGCUCCCAGCAUGCCAUAUCCACCCCCAGGGCCAUAUUCCGCUCCUACCCAGACUCCGGGGGCCGCGCCGACGGUGCCGUGGGGGACGGUCCCGCCUGGAACGUGGGGACCUUCGCCGCCAGGGCCAUUUCCUCCACCCACAGGAUCAUAUCCGGCUCCAGGACUAUAUCCUACGCCCCCUAAUCCUUUUCAAGUGCCAUCCGGCCCUGCUGGUGCUCCGUCAAUGCCUGGUGGUCCCCAUCCUUACCGCUGAACACGUUCUGGGCAACAAAAUACUGUAGUUUUCCACCUUCAUCCACUACUUACAGAGAUUUUUACAGUUUUCGUUUCAGUAAUGUUUGGGGCUCUGAAGAGUAUUGCCUCUUGUAUGUGCAUCUGAGGUAUGAAGGAGCAGUUUACAUCAAUUUACCUAGCUCAUACGCUGGCAUAAUUGUUUGGUUUAAUAAAGCGAAUUUACAAAGAGAAGAAAUCAA